CAUACAAAACUGAGACGUAACGAAAGGCAAGCUCUAUUCUUGAUUCAAGUGUUGCCGCAGCUUUCAAUCUUCCGCAAGUUUUGUGCUGAUGUCGCGAAGGACUCGAAGCAGACAGGAGUGGGAGGUGCGCGCUUCUACUUUGGCUAGGAAAACUACCAAUCCCAUUCGACGUAUCGUUGAGAACCUGCAAGUGGAACCGAAUCCUGACAAGGAACUUAUAGCUUUAUCUAUUGGUGAUCCAACGACAUUUGGGAACCUAAAUCCACCAGAACAAGUGUUACAAGCUGUUCAUGAAAGUGUCGAGCUAUAUACAAGUCGAGGAUACGCCCCCUCGAAGGGACACUAUGAAGCGAGGGCUGCGGUAGCAAAGUACAGCGCUCAUCAGGGCGAUAUCAGCCCUGAUGAUGUCGUGUUGGCCAGUGGCUGCUCACACGCUAUUGAAUUGGUUAUAACAGCAUUAGCUGAAAGUGGACAAAACAUUAUUAUUCCUCGCCCUGGAUUUUCAAUUUAUCAAACUCUGGCUUUAGGACUAGGGAUUGUUAUAAAGUAUUACAAUCUUCUGCCUGAUAAUCAAUGGAAAGUAGAUCUUGACGAUUUAGAAAGCCAGAUUGAUGACGAUACUGCAGCUAUAGUAGUCAUUAACCCUUCAAAUCCUUGUGGCUCUGUAUAUGACAAAGAACAUUUAAGUGAAAUUUUAGAUGUAGCCUCAAGAAACAGAGUACCAAUCAUAGCCGAUGAAAUAUAUGAACAUUUUAUUUUUUCGGGUCAUAAAUAUACUGCUAUAUCGACAAUAUCCAAAGAUGUGCCUAUCCUUACUUGUGGCGGACUUACUAAACGGUUCCUAGUCCCUGGCUGGAGAAUGGGCUGGGUGAUCAUACACGAUCGUAAUAAUAUUUUAGGAAAGGAGAUACGAGCAGGCUUAGCGAAUCUUUCUAUGAGAAUUCUUGGUCCGAGCACUAUAAUACAGAGAGCCCUACCUGCUAUUUUAGAAUAUACGCCUCAAAGUUUCUUCGAUGACGUGUUGUUCUUUAUCGAGAGUCAAGCCAAACUCGCUUAUGAAGAACUUCGCCAUGCUCCAGGCUUGCGACCAAUUAUGCCUGAAGGUGCUAUGUACAUGAUGAUAGAAAUAAAACUAUCACAUUUCCCAGAAUUUAAGAAUGAGUGUGAAUUUGUAGAGCGGUUGGUGUCAGAACAGUCUGUCUUCUGUUUACCGGGACAGUGUUUUGAUUACCCAAACUACAUGCGAAUCGUGUUAACGGUACCAGAGGAUAAAAUGAGGGAAGCGUGUCAAAGGAUAAUAAUCUUUUGUAAGGAGCACGUCGUUUACAGCGAGAAGAGAAAAGAUAUUGAUAAGGAAGUAUCUAUGACAACGGAUAUUUCAGUUAUAUGUAAUGAUGAUAUAACUCGCGUAGUUUAAGUAUUCAGGGCAACAUUUUUAGCAUAAUGUGUUCAUGCCUCAUCCUGGCUAUAAUUCCUGCCAUGUAAUCAUUUCCACCAUAUUUUGGAUAUGGUACAAUUAGUCUGACUCCAUUCCGAUAUUUUUUUUAAAAAGCAAAUAAGAUUUAGUUCAAUUUAUUCUGGUCCUUACUCCUAGUGUAGUCUUGUGCUUAAAACUACAGUCAUUAUACAUAAUUAGGUAUACUGCGUUAACCUAAUGUGAUUAAAUUAGAAUUAUUUAAAUUUUUGAGGUUGUGAUUUAUGCCAUAAAUUUAGACAAAAGUUUCUAUGUACUAAUAUAAACAUAUGUAAGUAUAAAAUAUGUGGAUACUUCGGAAAUA